GCCUAAUCCGCCUCCAAUCCAACCAAAUCCUCCUCCAAUGCAAGCAAAUCCAAACUUGAUCAAAUUCAAAAAAUCAAAGAUGACAACUGUUUCGAGGCCAGAUAAACUUCCAUUCAGAGAUUCAAACGAAGAUGAUGCAAAAAUUAAAGUUGUCAAACCUCCAAGUACUCUGACAAAAACAGAUUCUCCGUCAACGGAAGACUAUACUUAUAACCAAACUUUAACAAACCAAACAAUGAUGUGGACGUAUAAAGAACCGCCGGAAAAGGUUGUUGAUAAAGAUGAUGAUGAAUCAACGAUUAAAAAAUAA